ACGUAUCUGCACUUACUACUAGCCUUGUUAGCUGGAUCGCUGUCUUGCACCAGCACCAAAACUGUUCGCGGUCAUCCAAUGCAGUUUGGAUGCGCCAACAACUUGCAACGUUGUUUAACCGAGCAUACAAUCGCAUUUCGCCUUGGCUGGGAGUGCUAUUGAACGUCUGCAUCUUCAUCGUGCUGCUGUUUGCGACUGUGCUUAUCACGCAGCUUGUGCUGCAGCUGGCGGAGGACAGCGGGCUUAGCAUAUUCAUGACCACGGGUUGAGCGGGGGGCUGCAAGAGCUUGCAGAACUCGACGAGGGGCUCGGCACCCUCGCCAGCCCACGGGCCUACGCUGCCGCCUGUGGAUUGCAUCAAGUAUAAGCUGCAGAACCAUUCUUGCAGAGGCAGAGGCCGUAGCCGCUAGCCGUAAGCUCUACUACUACAGCCACCGACGCGGCCGCCGGUGCCACGCCCGCAGCUGGCACCAUCCAAGGUGCGGCCAUGAGCGCACCAGCCUCCGGCGCAGGGGGCGGUGGCGGCGCCGCCGCCGGCCCGCCGCCGCCCGCCUCGAUGACGGAGUGCCGGACGGUGGGCAUGAUGGAGCGGUCUGACCAGUCGACGGAGUUUGCAAACCUGCUGCGCUCGUUGUGCGCCUCCUACUGCUCGCACGCCACGCACAGCAUGGUGCUGCGGCUGCCGCUGCCGCCAGUGCCCAACGCGCCUCCGGGCGGCACCUGGACCGGGCUGCGGCUCACGCGGCGGCUGGGGCGGAGCGUGGUGCACAGCGGGCAGUCGGGGGCGGGCAAGGCGCCGCACCCGUUCCUAGACGACCCGCCGGAGCGGUGGGAGGUGCGGCACGAGGGGCCGCCGCUGCAGGGCCCGGCGCUGAACUCGCUGCCGGCAGCCAUGCGCGAGGUGUCGGACGCGGCGUGCUACGGCGCGGGGGCGCCCGAGUUCUUCAAGGUUCUGGGCGGCAAGCUGGAGUACGAGCAGUACCGCGAGGGCAAUGAGUACAGUAUCAUCUUUCACGGCCACGAGAUCAAGGUGGUCUUGGCCAAUGUGUACUCGCUCAACGAGCCGGGUGUACUGCGCGACGCCACGUCCGUGCGGCGCGUGGGCGGCGCCCUCACUGUGGAAGCCAGCCUGCUGGUGCCGGAGGGGCGACACUACGAGGGGGCAAACGUGCUGGGGGCGUUCGGGGCGCAGCUGGUGCCGUACGUGCGGCUGACCAAGCCGCAGGACAAUGGCGGGCAGCAGCAGCCGCUGUCGCACCAGCAGUUCCUGUCGGGCGCGGGCGUGCAGGCCGCCCUGGGCGGCCUCAGCUACGGUGUGAACGGCCGGCCGCUCAACGGCCCAACCUCCAUCCCCUACCUGCAGCCCUCCAUCUUCGCCUCUCCAAAGGCCGGAGGCCGAAUGAACAGUGAGCCUCCCACGCCCACCAGCGGCGCCUCCGGCGCCUCCGGCGGUCUGGCGGCGGGCCGCCCCACCGCCCAGACGCCCACGGGUCGCGCCGGCGCGCUGGGCUCGCCCAAGUUGAGCUCCGGCUACAACCCCGUCACGGGCGCCGCCUCCACGCCCACGCGGCGUAACAGCGGCAGCCUCGCCUCCACCGCACCGCCCGGCAGCCUGGCGGGAAUCCAGCGCAUGGUGGAGGCGGCCGGAGGCGGCCUAGGGAACACCAUGGGUCGCGGCGGCGCCGCCAGCGGCCCCAGCGCCUCCGGCGGCGGCGGCCUCUUCGGAUCCACGCAGCGCGCCGGCAGCGGCUUUCUUGGAUCCACGCUUGGCGGCGGCGGGAACAAUUUGAGCGCCACGAUGCCGGCGGCGACCGGCAGCCGGCCGCCGACCUCGGCGGGCCAGGCGGCGCUGAUGUCGACGGCGCCAGCAGGCUCGCGGCCUGGCACUGGUCUGGCAGGGCAGCUGUCGCGUGCCAACUCGGCGGUGCCGGGCCUGAGCUUCAGUGUGGGCAGCAACCAGAGCAUGGGGGCUCGCGGCUACCAGGAGGAUUACCGUGUCAUUGCCGACCCCACCUCCACACCCGGCAUGGCCAACAUGCCCAACAUGCUGCUGGGCGCGGCGGUGUACGACGGACACGGCGGCAAACAGGUGAGCCACUGGCUGAGCUCCUCCUACGGCCUGCUGCACCGCUGCAUGGAGGCCGUGCAGCACCUGGUGGCUACAGGCGGCUCCCCCAACGACGUGGCGGGUGUGCUGGAUGACGUGUUCAGCGCGUGCGGCUCAGCGGCCCUGUCCGGCCGCAUGACGGCAGGCAGCUGCGUGGCGCUGCUGCUGCUGGUGCAGGCGGCGGGGGUGCCCUGGGUGCUGUCCGCCAACGUGGGAGACAGCCGCACCGUGCUUGUGUCGUGGGACGAGGAGGGCGGAGGCGGCGGAGGCGGCGGGCGGCCGGAGGGUGUGGCGCUGUCCAUCGACCACAAGCUGGGGCCGGCCAAGAGCAGCGAGGAGACACGCCGGGUGCAGGCUGCCGGCGGCACCGUGAUCCAGCUGUUUGGCACCUGGCGCAUCGACGGCAGCCUGGCGGUGGCGCGCGCCAUCGGCGACGCAGACUUCAGCCGCUACGUGUCCUACCACCCCACCGUGUCCUGCCGCCAGCUGGCGCGGCGCGACCGAUGGCUCGUCAUCGCUAGCGACGGGCUGUGGGACGUCAUGUCGAACGAGGAGGUGGCGAUGUUCUGCCGCGCGCAGCACCAGCUGUCGGCGGCCAAGCUGGCGGAGGCGCUGGUGCGCGAGGCGGUGCGCAACCGCGGCUCGGGCGACAACACGACCGUGGUGGCGGUGCGGCUGCAGUACAACCCGCCGCCGCCGGCCGCGUCGUAAAGGGGCCUGGAGCUGGGGGUGCUGCGGGCGUGGCAGCACAGAGGCAGGCAUGGAAGCCGGAUAGGGAGGGAUCCGUGAGGCUGUGGAUGGGGCCUUGGAUGGGAGGUGUGGGGCCACGGGCUUCGCGGGUCGGCUGGGUCGGCUGUGUGGGAGGUUUCGCUCGGUGGCUUCGUUUGCUGCGGUGUUGGCGGUGUGCCCGCGGGCGGCCGCUGGGGCGCUGGGGCGCGUCGGGCGGUCCGCUACCUAGACAUGCAUGCAUGGGACGACGACCAGGGAACGGCAAAUGACAAUCCGCGUUGUGGCGAUGUGGAUUUGAUUCUCGUGGUAAUACGGUAGUGGACAACGGUAAGUGAUGCAUGACACUGGCACCUGUACAGCUUCUGCAUUUGGUACAGUUGUUACGAUGUGGCGUGGCGGGCCGUGUGCCGUACAUGAAUGGGAAUGGGGCGGCUGCCCGUGACCCCAGGAGCCGUGGUGACGGGUGGCGAUGUGGAAUACGACUAUGCGGUGCGAUGCGGUGCGCGAACUCGCGCAGAUAACGGAAGGCACAGGGGCAGUGCGUGGCGGGCGUGUAGGUAGUUGAGAUACCCGUCACGAGAGCGUGCGGCAAUGGUGGAUCCUGCUAGUACCCCUGUGCAUUGCGGCUUGACGGCCCGCGGGGCUGCUGAAGGCUCGAGCUGUGUGCGGUCGAGGAUUGGGCAGGUGCAGGGGCUUCAAGUGGGCACUUCUGUAGGGUUGGGGCAGUGUGGAGUGCAGGCAUGGGGGCGCGUGCGGGGUGCCGGGGCCGCCGCGGUGCCUUCAUUCACGGGGCUCAUGUCCCGCUCAUGUGAUUGUUGUUGCGGUAUAAGGUUGGGAGCGUGCAUCCCUUUCCGCCGUCGCCCAUCGCCUCACAUAUGAACGAAAGCAUGCAAGACACCCCACUGCGGCACAGCACUGCGGCACAACACUGCGGCACAGCACUCGACCACAUGGCCACAAAUCGAACCUGUCCCCGAGGUGGGCUCGAUUGGCUUUGCGCAAUGGAGCGCCAAGAUAAAUUAUGUAGGAUGCAUACGCCGUGCAUCAUCACCCGAAUCCC